CAGAGCACGCUCACUUGACGGGGAGAGCGGAGGUGACGGAGGAGCAGCUCCGUCAACGGCAGCCGUGCUCUCUGCUCCGCUCUUGAGAUCGCACCACGGGCUGUGGCUGGGAGCGCUCCGCUGCCCUGUCUGCAUAACCUACGAUGAGACGAUUACUGCGCGUGUGAAGAAAGUGUGAACCUGUUCUAUUUCUUCUACUUUAAAAUAACUGAAAAAUGUUGUCUCAUCCUUGUAUUGUGGCUCUAAGUCAUCCAUCUCACUAUGGGCAGCCUACUGAGCGGGGCCAGUAAAGGGGCCAGUGGCAUUCAGUCGGCACAGACCUCAUCACGUCACAUAUGCCACUCGCUGCUUGAUGAGAAACAAUAAAGCAAAAAAUCCCACUGCCCCAACAAAGGAGCCAUGCAUCUGCUGCUGUCCCUGUGUGUUGUCUGGCUGCUGUCCAUGGCCUUGGCACUAGAAGAAGAAUCCUCAGUAAACUCUUUUCCCCGUAGAACUGUCCCCUAUCACCGGGACAAUAUUUACAUGUUUCAUGAGGAAGGUGUCUUCAACUAUUCCACUAUGCUGUUAAGAGAAGACUUGGGCCUGUUGGUCAUUGGAGCCCGGGAGGCAGUUUAUGCUGUAGAUCUCCAUGAUGUCUCUAAAAAGUUGGCUUCAGUGAAAUGGGAAGUGACACAAAAACAAAGAGAAGAUUGUGGAAACAAAGGGAAAAACCCAGAGACUGAGUGCAAGAACUAUAUUAGAAUCCUCCAUGAAAUGGAAGACAACAGAAUGUAUGUGUGUGGGACUAAUGCUUUUGACCCAGAGUGUGACUACAUGUCAUAUGUAGAUGGGAAAAUUAUGCUUGAAAACAAGACUGAAGAUGGCAAAGGCAAAUGUCCAUUUGAUCCAUAUCAAAAUGCUUCUCUUAUGGUUGAUGAUGACUUGUACUCUGCCACUUCUAUGAACUUUCUGGGUUCAGAGCCUGUUCUUAUCCGGAGUCCUGAAGUUUCAAUUCGAACUGAGUUCAAAACCUCAUGGCUCAAUGAGCCCCACUUUGUAUCGAUGGCCUAUAUGCCUGAGAGUGUUAACAGUACUACUGGAGAUGAUGACAAGGUUUACCUGUUCUUUAGUGAGAGAGCAGUCGAGUGUGACUGCUACAAUAAGCUUGUGGUGUCACGUGUGGCCCGUGUGUGCAAGGGUGAUCUAGGAGGGGAGAGGACCUUGCAGAAAAAGUGGACUUCUUUCUUGAAGGCUAGACUGGAGUGUCCCGUCCUGGAGUCUCAGCUGCCUUACAUUAUCCAGGAUACUUACCGCUGGUGUGACCCCAAGAAGCCCUGGACUAGCUGUUUGUUCUACACCAUCUUUACCCCUCAGUCAGACACAUCAGACUUGUCGGCUGUGUGUGUGUACAAAGUGUCAGACAUCAGCAAAGUGUUUUCAGAGGGCAAGUACAAGACCCCAGUCACUGUAGAGACGUCUUUUGUUAAAUGGGUGAUGUAUAGCGGAGAGGUCCCUUCUCCACGGCCAGGAGCAUGUAUUGACAAUGCAGCUCGUAAAGCGGGUAUAACUGAGACUUUAGACCUCCCUGAUCAGACCCUUCAAUUUGUCAAAAAUAGGCCUCUCAUGGACCAGGUCAUUCAACCCAUGGGAGGAAAACCCAGUUUGGUGCGAAAGGGGGCCAUGUUCACAAUCAUUGUUAACCAAGUGCAGGCUGAGGACAACAAAACGUACCACGUCAUGUUUAUAGGCACAGAAAAUGGCACCAUUGUGAAAGCUGUGAACUAUAAUGGCGAAAUGUUCAUCAUUGAGGAAGUACAUGUCUUUAAGUCAGCAGAGCCCAUUAAGAUCCUUCGUUUUUCCACCGUCACAGAUCAGCUGUAUGCUGGCUCAGACUCCGGAGUAGUGCAGAUACCUUUGGCCACCUGUGAAAGGUCUUCCACCUGUAUGGACUGUGUUCUUAACCGAGACCCAUACUGUGGCUGGGAUGACAGGACAGGGAAAUGUGUGACUCUUCUUUCAAAAUCACAAAAUAAACUCAUACAAAGUGUGCAAGAUGGCGAUGCAUCUCUUUGCCCAAAACCAGCCCCAUCUACACCAGUUAAUCAAUCUGUUUGGGUUGGUGGAAACCUGAAGCUUCACUGUACUAAUCCAUCCAAUCAUGCUGUAACCAUCUGGGAGCAAGACAGGCUAACACUGAACCCUACACGUCGUCACCAUUUUUUAAAAGAUGGUUUGCUGAUUUUAAAUGCUUCAGACUCAGAUGCUGGUCUGUACUGCUGUCUCUCAGUUGAACGUUCCAAAAUGAACGAGUACACAAGCACUGUAGUUGAGUACCAGGUUACCAUAGCCUUGUCUGGAAAGGGGGAUGACAUUCGGUUUCCUCAUGCACAGCGAGAUGGCCCUUCUGUUGCAGGCUUACAUGUUGCUAUUGCAAUCUUUGCAAUUGCUUUUUUUGGGCUAGUUUCAUGGAAUAUAUACAAAGGACAUUUUACCCGGUCAUGCAGAGACAAGAGUGGACAACUGUCUCCUGAGGUCCACGAGGAGAUGGCCUUAGACUCCAGUAAUAACAUGCAACGGACAGGGGCUGAAAAUAAGCCCCUAGUGUUUGACACAAGCAAUAGCAGUAGUAAUAAUAACCACAACAAUGGAGAAGCCACAUAGUGUUACUGAAUAAAAGUAACAGAUAAGUUUGAACUGGUACCCUAUUGAGAAGAUUCACUUUUAAAACAUCCCUAUUUCUUAUAAGUUUAAAUAUUUUUUACAACAAGCAAAAAGAGCCUUUUAUUUUUAUCAAUGCCACUGCAUUUUCUUUACAUUAAUGUUACGUUCAUAUUCAUCAAUGCAUAUUUAGAGAUACUGACUUGGACUGUAAAAAAAUUGAAACAGAUUUCCUCUUGCUAUUCAUGUGUGUUGUUAUUUUGGGUUUCAGUAUACGGUGUUGCCUUUUUUAAUUAAAUUGAUUUGGUGAGUUUAUUUUUCAAAUAAAGUCAACAAUUCCUGA